CGAUCGUGCAGCGGCGGGCUUCGUGUGCAUGUUGGAAGGAAGCGAUGGAGGGUGGCGGCGAUGGAUGUCGUGGAGUGUUGUCGCCAACGGAGAAACAGCGGUUGCGGCUGUCGCGCUUGCCGUCGUGAUCCGCAGCCAGAUUGAGAGAGCGGCAGGGACGAUGAAGGCCAGGCUUUCCACGCGUCGGCAGAGGCUGCUCGUGCAGAGGGUGGUGGACGCCCCAGAUUGUAUCAACACUUCGGAAGCCGUCUUCCAGCUCCGCGCCGCAAUCAGGUGUGGUGUCGUUCCGCCGGGCCGGGCGACGCCUCGAUGGUGGAUGAAGCGCAGAACAGGGGGCACUUGGGAGGACUUGCGGGUCUGCGACGAUGCGAAUGAGGACUACUUUCGAGAGAAGCUUUGCAUGCCUAGGGAACCGCUGCAGCCGGAGCAGAUCGUCGCGUACGCGCUGUACCGGUGGGCGACAGGAGAGACAUAUGACAGCAGCAUAUUGUCGUUCGGUGUGGGGAGAGCCUAUGGAAUAAUCGCGGUGCGCGAUGUGACAUCCGCGUUGCUUCGGGUGUACGCGAACAAGAUAUGGUGGCCGACUGGGGUGCGGAAACAUGUCGUGCUGCGGGCAUUCCUGGACAAGGGCUUCCCGAACUGCCACGGAGCGGUCGAUUGCACACACAUCUACGUCGACAAACCAGCGAACGCGCCCAGCGAGAACUACUUUGACCGCAAACACCGUUUCUCCGUGGUCGCGCAGGUGGUGGUCGACCUCGAUCUGCGCGUUCUGGACGUUUUCGUUGGGUAUCCGGGGAGCUGCCACGACAUCAGGAUCAUCCAGCUAUCCAGCUUGUCCAGGCGCGCGGAAGACGGGACGCUGUUCCGUAGGCCACCUGUGACGCUGUCGGGCGAGGUGAGAACCAACGGUUACAUUCUGGGCGACAACGGGUACCCUCCAUCGGAAUGGGUGGUGGUCCCGUACGGAGGAAUCAAUCAACAUCCCGACGAGGAACGAUUCGACACGAAGCAAAAGGUCGCCAUAGGGGCUGUGGAGAGAGCGUUCGACAGGUUGAAGGGCAUGUGGAGGUUGUUCCUGCGAACUCACAAGACGAAACUGGACACUCUGCCGCAACAGUUCACUGCGGUCUGCAUUCUGCACAACAUUCCUCUCGAUGCAGGGAUAGAGUUCGACGAGAAUCUGCUAUGGGAAGUGGACCGCAAUGGUGUGCGGCGACGUGUGGAUCUGGGAAUUCAACUUCCCCCCCAUCUAGUGAGCAAUGCCACUUCAACAGACGAGGCGCUCGCGCUCCGACACGCUUUGGCGGAGCGAAUGAAACAGUCGUGAUCCGCAACGUCGCCAUCGUCGUCGGCCUUCUCCUGCUACUUUGUGUGUGCAAACUGCAGGCUUCUGUUAUCCAUCACGCCACCCUCGAUUACCUAAACACGGU